AUGAACGCCACCCAUCAAGAGCAGACGCUCAUCUCCCUCAUAAAAUCCUGCUCCCACAAAUCCCACCUUCUCCAGCUCCACUCCCUCCUCAUCCGCACCUCCCUUCUCCACAGCCCCGCCGUCUUCCGCCCCUUCCUCUCCCGCAUCGCCCUCCCUCCCUUCCUGGCCCUCUCCUACGCCGGCAGAAUCUUCCGCGAUUUCCCGGCGCCCGGCGUCUACCUCUACAACACCAUAAUCAGAGCCCAUUCACUGAGCCCCGACUCGGCCCACGACGGCCUCCGCCUCUACCGCGACCUGCUCGGUUCGAACAUCCCUCCGAACUCACUGUCGGCGGCCGUGGCCGUCAAGUGCUGCGCCCAAAUCGAGUCCCUCCGCGGCGGGGCCCAGAUUCACGCAAGGAUAUGUAAAGAUGGGUUUUCCUCCGAUGGCCGUUUAAUGACCACGUUGAUGGAUCUGUACUCUUGCCUACACGAAGGUAGCAGUGCGUACAAGGUGUUCGAGGAAAUGCCUCACAGAGACACCGUUGCUUGGAACGUGUUGAUUUCUUGCUGCACGCGUAACGGGCGUACCCUUGAUUCAUUAACCUUGUUCGAAAGGAUGAUUAGCAACUCGAGUUGCCCGCCGGAUGAUGUCACGUGCUUGCUCGUCCUCCGGGCCUGUGCGAACCUGAACUUGCUCAACUGGGGCAAAAAGGUCCACAGCUACAUUUUAGAAAACGGACUUUCCUGCGCGAAAAAUCUCUCCAACUCUCUCAUAUCGAUGUAUUCUCGAUGCGGAGCCAUUGAUAAAGCAUACGAGGUUUUCCAAGAAAUACCUGAUCGAGAUGUGGUGACAUGGAGUGCCUUGAUUUCGGGCCUGGCGAGCAAUGGCUACGGCCCAGAAGCCAUCCGGGCCUUCCACCAAAUGUGUGCAGAAGGGAUUUCUCCAGACGAGCAAACGUUCACCGGGCUUUUAUCUGCCUGCAGCCAUUCGGGCCUGGUGGAUUCGGGCCGGGCUUUUUUCGAGUCCAUGGGCCGAGACUAUGGCGUGCAGCCGAGUAUCCACCAUUACGGGUGCAUGGUGGACCUAUUUGGCCGUGCGGGCUUACUAGACGAGGCUUACGAGCUCGUGAACUCUAUGGAGAUAAUAAAACCGGACCCCACGAUGUGGAGAACGCUGCUCGGGGCGUGUAGGAUUCACCGUCAUGCGGCCUUGGGAGAACGGGUGGUCGAGCGUUUAGUCGAGCUCAAGGCUCAAGAAGCAGGGGAUUACAUUCUCUUGCUGAAUAUUUAUUCUUCUUCAGGGGAAUCUGAAAAAGUAAUGGAAAUUCGGAAGAUGAUGAAGGAAAAGAGCAUACGAACAAAACCGGCUUCCAGCUCGGUGGAAUUGAAAGGUGAAGUGCAUGAAUUUUUCGCAGACAAUGUUUCGCACCCGAAGAAGAAGGGUAUUUAUGGAAUGCUUGAUGAAAUUAAUCAGCAGCUGAGAAUUGCUGGUUAUGUAGCGGAAAUGGAGCCGGGUCGUGAGGUUUUGUACCAUAGUGAGAAAUUGGCUAUUGCUUUCGUGAUUCUCGAGACGCCACCUGGAACGACUGUGAGAGUGGCGAAAGAUUUGCGUAUAUGUACGGAUUGUCAUAAUUUUUGCAAGAUUUUGUCGGCGGUUUAUGACCGGAAAGUGGUGGUUAGGGAUCGGAACCGGUUUCAUCACUUUCGAGAAGGAAGGUGCUCGUGCAAUGAUUACUGUAUUUUUUCAACAAUGGUCAGGCUAAAAAUGGUGACAAUAAUACCAUUUUACGCAAUUUUUUUCUCGUUUUUUGCUAGUGGAUACAACUGCAAGGUGGUUCAAUUCAUCUUUGGGGAUUCUCUUUCAGAUGUUGGUAAUAACAUUUAUCUAUCCAAGAGUCUAGCUCAAGCUAAUCUGCCAUGGUACGGUAUUGAUUUUGGGAAUGGCUUGCCUAACGGUAGGUUUUCUAACGGGCGAACUGUGGCUGAUAUCAUAGGCGAUAGAAUGGGACUCCCGAGGCCUCUUGCUUUUCUUGAUCCAUCUUUAAACGAGGACCUCAUACUCGAAAAUGGAGUCCAGAGAUUUGGCUUGUACAAGCAGAUAGAGCUAUUUCAGGGCACUCAAGGUUUGAUAAGGGCCAAAAUCGGAGAAAAUGAGGCUGACAAGUUUUUCAAUGGAGCUCGAUAUGUGGUGGCACUUGGUAGCAAUGAUUUCAUCAACAAUUACCUAAUGCCCGUGUACAAAGACUCGUGGGCUUACUCUGACGAUGGUUUUGUCGAUUAUCUUAUGGAUACUCUCGAGGGUCAACUCAAACUGCUGCAUAGCUUAGGCGCUCGGGAGCUGAUGGUAUUCGGGCUGGGCCCAAUGGGUUGCAUUCCGCUCCAAAGAGUGUUGAGCACGUCAGGCGAAUGCCAGGUCAGGACAAACAACUUGGCCUUAAGUUUCAACAAUGCAUCUAGCCGACUCGUGACUCGACUGUCGAGCACUCUCCCAAAUGCGACCUUUAGGUUUGGAGAUGCUUACGAUGUUGUCAACGAGUUGAUAGCAAAUCCGAACCAACAUGACAGAAGUAAGUACGUGUUUUGGGACGAAUAUCAUCCUUCGGAUAGCGCUAAUCAGCUUAUUGCAGACGAGCUUAUAAAGAAGUUUGGAUUCGGGCCCGUCAACCAAACAGGGACUAGUUCCCCUGCACCUGCCAUGGCUCCAUCGGACUUUUGGAAGUUAAAGACUUUCAGAAAUCGUUAA